AUGGCCGCCAUCAAUGCUAGGUUCUCGUUACUGGCAACGGCUAUCGAUGAUGGUACGAUCCUUUGCUAUGUGGCGAAGGACUACGCUGGAAAUGUGCCACUUUCGCAUACUUUCCAAUCAGGCUUCUCGACUGCCAUGACGGGCGCGAUUGCGUCGCUCGCUUGGUCACCCGAUGGGUAUUGCCUCUUUGUCGCGUACGAAAAGGGCUGGACGACCUGGAGCGUCUUUGGCAGGGACGGACCUUCUACCUUCAACUGCAAUAUCGAGCAUGCUGAGACCAGUGGUGAUACAUGGCUUACACAGAUCCGCACAGCUACAUGGCUUGGACAGGGAGCACAGAUAAUGCUGACUGCUGGCACCUUGAACAUAUUCCAGCUCGACUUUGCCCGAAGUGCUGCUGUUGGCUACUUUUCUUGCGCAAACCUGGUGCGAGCUCUUAUACAAACGCCGAUGGAGAUACAGAUCUACAAAGGCCACGAGUUACCUGAUCUCACAUCGAUCUCCAGCGAGUCUUCGCUGUGGCAUCACGCGCAGUACCCGGCAGCAUAUUUGAACAAUCAGUGGCCGAUUCGAACAUCUGUCAUAUCGCAGGACGGGCGGUACGUGGCAAUUGCUGGUCGCCGAGGCAUCGCACAUUACUCUGUCAACAGUGGCAGGUGGAAGACAUUCUCAGAUCCUGCCGUUGAGGCUUCCUUUGCUGUCAGAGGAGGAAUGUGCUGGUUUGGCCACAUACUGGCAGUCGCAACCGAGAACGCUGCGGGCAAUGACCUACGAUUGUAUUCUCGCGAUCUCGACUUGGGCCGCAAUCCGCUGUACACGGAGAUCUUCAACAUGCCGAUCGUCUUUGUGGGGCCCUCUGGAGAGGAUUCGCUGCUAGUAUACACCCACGAGAACAUCCUCUACCAUUAUGUGAUCAGCAUGGACAACAACAAGUCGCAGCUGAUCCAGGUCGGUCAGAUCGCCUUCCACGGAGUUGUCAGAGCUCCAAGCAGAGUAAGGUCGGUCAGCUGGGUUGUGCCCGAAAGCCAGCUACGUAAUGGAGAUCCAUCACGAGACGUCGAAUUCGCGUCAGUCCUAUUCCUGGUAGACGACAAGCUUGUCCUGUUGCAACCUUCUCGAACGCCGGAAGACGAUCUGAAGUACGAUCUCCGUGUCAUUGCACAGCAUGUGGAAUACUACAUCCUGAUGCGAGAUCAGCUGUACUUCAACUUCACAGGCGCGGAAGGCUCGGCGCCACAGACUCCAUCGCCCGGCGCCUUCCUGACAGGCAGCUAUAGCUAUCGGCAGGAGCCCUUUACGCUUCGCGACUCCCUCUGGACCUUCACUGGACAGAAGUUGCGGCUUUGGCCUGCCGUCAGCAACGUGCUUUCCUCGUCUUCAGCGGAUGCCCUGUCUGAUACACUCGUGGACAUACCCGUCGACUUCUACCCACUCUCAAUACUUCUCACGAAGGGUAUUGUGCUGGGCAUCGAGACGACGCUCCUCCAACGUCGCGAUACGCCUUUCCCACUGUUUCGCUCCGAUAUCCGCACACAACUCUUCCUACCAUACGUCUUACGCCACCAGCUACUCGUUGCAAACGACCACGCUGCUGCCUUCGCUGCCGUCAACCAAUACCAACAUCUCUCAUACUUCCCGCACGCUCUGGAGAUACUGCUGCACCAUAUCCUCGACGACGAGCACGAACGAAAGCGGAAGCUCGCUAAAGCACGCAGCACAGAAGUCGAAACAGCUCUGGCUGACCUGACUCUGGACCAGAAAACGCCCACACAGCCAACCCACCCAUCCACUCUCCAGCCCGACGCCUCCCAGCCACCCUCUCAUUCCUCCAGCUGUCGCUAUCUCCCACCGCAUACCUCAGCACGCUGGUGCAAUGCAUCCGCAAGACAGAAGUGA